GGAGCUUUCAUGAUUCAGUUCUGGUAAGGAGACCUCAAAAGUUUUUGACACAAAGAGAGGCACCCCUUUCUUUGUCUUUCGCCGUUUAUGUGAACUUAACCUAUCUAAUCGUCCUGCGAUUCGUCUGUUUGUGUUACGUCUACUUUUCCAUUGAUCCGCGGCGAUGAUGUGAGCAGUUGCUGGGGAUUCAACUUUUCUUGGGGCGUUUUUCAACAGUUCUACAUCGAGAAUAACAUCUUUCCCGGCGCUACGCUAUCGGAGGUGUCAUGGUCGGGAGGCAUUGGCACCGCAAGUGUUUUCUUGACAUGUCCUUUCCAAGCGUCGAUGGUCAGUCGGUUCGGACUAAGACCCGUCAUUGUCACAGGCAUCGUCAUCUCUGGAUCCGGUAUGAUUCUAGCGAGCUUUGCCAAAACGGUCUGGCAGCUUUAUCUCACGCAUGGCUUUAUGUAUGGUUUUGGCGCCGGUAUGGCGUUAUUCACGUCGGUCGCGAUUUCUGUUCAGUGGUUCGACAAGAAGCGAGGACUUGCAUCCGGUAUCACUGUGGCCGGAUCGGGGAUCGGAGGUGCAGUAUUAGCACCAUUAAACCGGAUUCUAAUCAGUAAAAUCGGCUAUCAGUGGGCAUUACGGAUCAUGGGAAUCUCCACUAUCACGAUUGUAUGCGCAGUGCUAGUCUGCAUCCGUACACGAAUCCCACCAAGGAAGCGAGGAGGGCCGUUGUUUGAUGUUGCAAUGUUUAAAAACAGUGGAUUCACACUAAUGUAUCUCAUGGGUAUGUUGGUGACGUUCGGCUACUUGACCCCGAUCUUCCUACUUCCCAAGUUUAUGGUGGAUUUGGGCAUGAGCCCCGAGGUAGGAGCGUCGCUGGUCAGCGUCUUUUCAGGCGUGAAUGCAGUCUCGAGAAUCCUGCUCGGGUUUGUCGCGGACUGGUAUGGUCCCUUGAAUAUGUUGAUCUUAAGUACGGCAUUUAGCGGUCUAGCCUGCUACAUCUUCUGGAUGACCACGACAGGUCUUCCGAUGGCAGUUGUGUUUGUGGUGAUCUAUGGAAUUAAUGCGGGCGGCUUCAAUAGUCUGUUCCCUGUGGUCGCUGCAGAUGUCAUUGGGGUGGAGAAACUUGCAGCUGCAGUCGGCCUCCUUUACUCUGGCAACUUUUUCGGUAACCUGCUUGGAACACCGUUGGCAUCUGCGAUUGUUACCGCUUCCGGGGGGAGGUAUACCUGGACAAUUGUGUUUGCAGGGACUGCGCCGAUUUUGGGCGCAGCGCUGCUGCUCUUUAUUCGAUUCAAGCACGAGAAACGCAUAUUCGUCAAGAUGUAGACAAAACCCAUUCGCACUACUCUGUUAUGUUGUUGUCGAGUAUCAAAAAUAUAGAGCCAAUUGGCCAUCGAACAUGCAACCUUGAUCCAUUAAUACUGUCAACUGUCAAUUUGAUUAGAAGAAUGACAUCUAACACGCGCCAUUGAACGCGUAAGAUGUUUGAGAAGAUAGAACAGCAAUUGCCAAUGAAUGCAAACGCAGAAGGCU